UGGUACUGAUUCGAUUAUAGUUCUCCGUGGCCUAAACCAAAAUAGCGUGAUCAAAGUUGGACAAAAAAUGUUUAGGGGCUAGAAAUCUCGGAUCAGGAAAAAUAUCUAAAUAAAAUGCCUCUACAUAAAAAGAUUAAAAUUAGCUCUGCUAAACGUGGUCACCAUGAGAAACACAAGAAAAAUUUCGCUAAAACGAAGAAGACGCUUCAUAAGGAAAAACAACUGAGUAGCAAUAUUUUCAAAGUGAAAAAUGCAAUUAAAAAAGCUUCAAAUGGUCCAGUCAAGAAACCGUUCGGAAACAAGCAGAAUACUACAUCACUCGAGCCAUCCGUUGAAGAUAUUUCCGACAUGAUGGAUAGCGUAAGUGAAUGUUCGGAGGGCUCUAAUGAUUUCAAUUCAAGCGAAAUGAGUGAAAACCCUGUUGCCGAACAAGGUUCCGAUGAUUCUGCACUGGAAGAUGACGAAAACGAAGACGUGAGAAAUGCUACGGAAAGACUCGAAGACGAAUAUCAGAUACAGAUAAGCGGCCAGGUCAACUACGAUGGCGAAACGAAGGAACUACUUCCUAUCAAAACAAAAAAAGGUGGAAUCGUGAGUCGCAGCGCAGAAAUUAAACCUGGCCAAGUUGAUAUAAAAAUACCGGUGGAAGAAGACGAAGUCCCAGAGUCAGAAGUGCAGAUCACUCAGGCUGCACCGAAGAAUGAAAUCAGGACCACUGAUUUGUUGUCGGAGCGGGAAGAUGAAAUUGAGCGUCAAAAGUUUUUGAUCGGAGUUACUUGUGCUUCAAUUUUGGAAAAUCCAGAGACGAAAAUUAAGAACCUGGCUAUGCUGGUAGAUCUUAUACCGGAGACGUCCCAAAGUGGAAAAACAAACAUGUACAUUAUCCGGAAGCUGGCAAUGAUUUCACUUGUGGAAGUUUUCAAGGACGUCGUUCCCGAGUACAGACUUGGAAUAAUCGACACGGCAGCACAGAAAUUGAAGAAAACGACUUUGGCUCGCGUGAGCUAUGAAAACGAGUUGCUAUUGCAGUACAAAAAGUUUCUCAUCCACUGCGAGGGCUUCACGCAGCAAUUGAGGCGUAGUCGUAAACUGAACAAGCAAGACAUUGAAGAGAAGCAAAGCAUCGCUGUGGUGGCUGUCCAAUGCAUGUGCGAUCUACUGAUGGCGCAUCCGUACUUCAACUACAGCAUGAACAUUGGUCAAAUGUUGGUAACGAUGCUGAAUAGCGAUCAAGAGAAUGUUCGAAAGCUUGUGCAUUCUUGUUUUGUUACAAUUUUCAAGACGGAUAGCCGGUUCGAUAUGUGCAAACACAUUGUUCGGCACAUCAACCAGCUUGUUAAAAAAAAGGAUCACGGGGUGCAUCCGGAAACGGUUUCAUGUUUAAAAUAUUUGCAAAUCAAAGAUGUCAACAUUAACGCUGAGAAAGAGAAGGAGCUAAAAUUGAAAAGGCUCGAAGCGCACAAAUCACGGGUUAUCAACAUGUCGAGACAGGAACGGAAACGGAAAAAGAAGCUAGCUGAACUAGAGAAAGAGCUAUUUGAGACCAAAGCUGAAGAAAGUAAACAGGUCCAAUUAAAAAAACUAACCGACAUAACGAAGCUUGUGUUCACAAUAUUUUUCCGUAUAUUGAAAACGGCUCCGAACUCUAAGCUACUAAGCGUUACACUCGAAGGUCUUUCUAAGUUCGCGCACACAAUCAAUAUUGAGUUUUUCUCCGAUUUAAUCGAAGUGCUGAAUAAUCUAUUGGUUCAUGCAAAUCUCGGUCAUCGAGAGCAAUUGCAUUGUAUACAAACUGUUUUCACCAUUCUCAAGGGCCAAGGUGAAGUUCUUAACAUCGAUCCUGCACGAUUCUACACACACUUUUACAAGAAUUUACUCAGUGUUCACGCCGGUAAAAAUCAUGAAGAUUUGGAAUCAAUACUUGCAACGUUGGACAGUGUAUUACUAAAGCGUCGUAACAAUAUUACCUAUCAUCGGUAUUUAGCAUUCGUCAAACGACUAUCCAUGAUGUCGUUGCAAUUGUUACACAACGGAGCAUUGGGCUGUCUUGGCGUUAUGAGGACCGGAAUGCUUCUUAAUACAUCGUUGGAUAUUCUGUUGGACAUAGAUUCAGUUGUUGGAUCAGGAGUAUACGACCCAAAAGUGGAAGAACCUGAAUUCAGUAAUGCGAACUGUACGAGCCUGUAUGAGCUAACGGCAUUGUAUAGACACUACCAUCCGACAGUGAGGAAAUUUGCAAAUAAUAUUGCAAAUGGUGUACCUAGCUCUGGUCCCGGAAUGCUACCACCGGAUAUAGGAAAGCUAACCCCUAGCGAGUUGUAUACUCGAUACGAUAGUUCUAAACUGGCAUUCAACCCCUCCAUUCCUGUUCAAAAACAAAAAGGAACAGUCUUUGAUGGAACAGGAAGACAUCUUUUUGUUGACUAUGAAUUAGAAGAGAUGUGUAAUCGAGCGCAAAGUAUGCACUGCAGCGAACUCGGCGAGGUUCAGUUUAAUUUUCUAUAGUUACUUUUAUUUUUAGAUAAGUUAAAAUAAAAAUAAAAAUUUGGAAAUAUUUCAAACACAGUGUAAA